GCUCUUGACUUUUAAAUCUCUUGCGCAGACAGCAGCACGCUGACUGGCUUCGCGUGGGCGCGCCCUUACCCAAUGAGCAGAGCGGUGAGGGGCGGGGACGUGGGGGCGGUGAGGGAGACGAGGUGUUUAGAUUCGAACGCCGCGGCAGUGGGAAGGAAGGGUCCAGCUCGGCAUCGGCCUCUCUCUUUCCACCCAACCUUCGCUUCAAACGCACGAAAACAAUCCGCUGCGCAGGCGCAGUCCGCCCCUGUGCGCGAGCCGCGGCUCUCGAGUUCGCCGGCGUUGUUGCGCGCGACCCUCGCCGCCUUCCGCUCUCCUCAUCCUCUCCACGCCCGGCAGUGGCGAUGCUGAGCGGAGACGAAGAAGAGGAGGCAGCCGCGCCUGCCUCUGCCGGAGGGGGCGCUCCUUCGCCGACCCCCGUCGCCUCACCCCGAGCGACUACAGCGGCCGCAGAGGAGGCGGGGGCCGCCAUAACCGACGCCCCCGUCCAAGAAGAAGGAGCAGCGGACGGCGAUGAGGAGAAAAAGGACGACGACGAAGAGGAAGAGGAAGCGGCGGCGGCGGCGGCAGCAGCUGAGGCGGAGCGAGACACCCGGCAGCGCUACGAGGACCUGUGCAGCAGCCUCAACAUGGACGAGCGCGCCCGAGCUGAGGCCUGGCUGAGCUACCAGAGCAUGAGGAGGAAUUACACCCUGGAGGUAGGGGGAGGGGCGCAGCGAAGGGGGCGGAGGGGUCUGCUUGGUGGGAGGAGCUUGGGUGAAAGGGGAGGGGCCUUUGCGGAGGGGCGUGGUCACAAAGCAGAACUUCAUCUUGGCAGCAGGGGGCGUUUUUUGAGCAGGCAGGAACUCUGGGGAACUGAGUUACCUUACUUUUAUUGAAUUAAAUAAUUUGGGGGUGGGGGGCUAGAACGGAUAUAUACCCAAUGCCUGAGCCAAAAACCCACCUAUAUCUGCAAUCAGUUGUGACCAUUUCCAGUCCAGAUCAUUGUCUGCUUGAGUUUGUCUUACAUUUGGCCACUACCCGAGGUGGGGGGUGGAAAGUGGCAUUCUGACUGGGCCCACAAUAAACUAACUAGCUAACUUCCCCCAUGUUUUUUUCCAAGAAGAAAAUUACUGCUUGGCAGAAAGAGCUUUGGCAGUGGGCUGGGCUUGUGGUGGAGGGGAUUGGCCUUGACUUUGUAGAGGGCCAGAGUCCUGAAGCAGAAGUAAAUCUGGAUAGGAUAAUCUUAGACAAAGUUGGUGGGGCUUGUGGUAGAGGCAGUGAGUUAGAAAUAAACCUUGAUUGGAGGGGCUUUGAGGGAAGGGGGUGUGUCCUUAGCUUGGAUAGUGGGGUGGAGGCCAUGAGGUAGAAUUAUAUAUCCCACCAGAAAGGGGCUUUGACAGAGGUAGAAGUUACCCAAUGGUGUGGACACUAUGGUCCUCCAACUUUGAUCAGAUCCAGCCAAAAUGGCAGAUGAUUAGGGAUGGUGAAAUUUAUAGCUCACCAGCAUCUCAAGGGCUGCAGGUUGUCUAUUCCUGUUCCAUUUACCACAUGGCUGUAUGCCUGCUGUAAUAAUUUACCAGUCAAAAUAGUCGUCUGUAGUCAACCUCUUGGUUUUUAAUUUCUAAUCUUCUUUUCAUCUCCAUCCCAGUCUUAUGUAACAUACGUGAAUAUGACACUUUUGUACCCUGUGUUAAUUAAUCCAGACGUUUUAUGAAUUGCUCUGUAGAAUCAGAGUAAAGGACCCCUGGACGGUUAAGUCCAGUCAAAGGUGACUAUGGGGUGCAGUGCUCAUCUUGCUUUUCAGGCUGAGAGAGUACUUCUCUGCAGAAUGUGUAUUUUGAAGUCGAUUGAAAGGGAUGUGAAAGUGUAGUAGUACAGCACUUGAUACACUUGGAAACACACUUUAGGAAUGAUAAAUGAAAACAUACUUUAGGGAUGAUAAAUGGAAACACAUUUUCAGAAUUAUAAAUUACAUUAAAAAAAUAAACAGAAAUUUAACUUUGAAGUUGUUAUUUGCUGAACUACUUUUGAUAAAUCUAAUGCUUUCUCUGAAAAGAUUAUUACUUUUGGAUAUUAUCAACUCAUGCUUUUGAGAAAUGUAAUUAAUUCAACAGUAGCCCUAUAUUUCCCACAACUGCCUUUAUUUUAAAGUUCUAUUCUCUGGUCUUUUCCUCACCUAUAUAUCGUUACAAUGCUAGGCUGGAUUUAAACCAGAACAACAUUCAGCUGACACUGCUGGCAGUAAGGGCUGUCUUUGCAAAACUAACAAGACUCUGUAUACGAGAAAUGUUGAAAAUGCUUUAUUUGUAUUUUAAAAUGUUUUGCUUAUUUAAAGCAUGUUUAUUUUGGCCUUCAGCCAAAAACCAGACUCCCAGAAUGGCUUAUAACUAUCAGUGAUAGGAUAGUACCUGUUAACAGGUUUACACUAAAAGAGACAACACAAAAGGGAAAGAGAUUGGAAGGGAGAAGUGAAAGAGAAAACUUAAGCACUAUUACUUGGUUAAAGAAUUACUGUAAUGACCAGCAAAAAUAGAAAGAUUUAAAGGGAAGGAGGUGCAAAAAAAAAAAAGUAUUUCAGCAGAGCUGAUGGAGAUACCCUGCAAUCCUACCUCUCUCCCUCUACUGAUGGAAAGGCUGCUCUUGCAAAUAUAGUCUUAUAUUUGCUUUAAUCUCUGACCUUGUUAAAUAUUUUCUGUGUCCAGUUGCCUCUUAGCAAUUUCAUUUCAGUGAAUGCUACUUCUCUAAUGUGGUUUGUUACUUCACACCCUCUGCUUUACAAGACUUUACUGACAUAUAAACUGGGAUUUGAAAUAACUGUGCAAUAGGUUGUGUGUGCCCAAAGGGGAUUUCAGCUUGUGUUUCUCCAAUGCAGCUCCUCUGCCCCACACUGGAUGGCAAAUUGUAUUUUAAACUGAAGGAACUUCCAAGAGGCACAUAGAGAAUCUAUAUUAUGCUAAUAAGUAUAAAUAAUUUUUAAAAGCUGGUUGUGAUACAGCCUUGAUGCUUUCUGUUCAGAGAGUAGUUUAACAUGCCAUGAUGUAGCUCUUUGAAACCUCAAUCCACUCCCUGAUCAUUCAUUUUAUCUGUAGUUCAGGAGUGGCUAACAUGUAGCGCUUCUAAUGUUAGCACUCCAACUCUCAACAGCUCGAGUGAACACGGAGUGUAAUCUAGCAACAGUUGGAGGGCAUAGGUUAGUGACGCCUGCUGUAACAAAAUAAAGCCUUUCUGUUUUAGACAUAUGAGUUAGAGAGGAGUCAACUUCUGCUUUUGCUUCUUUUAAUGUAACAGGGAAAUGAUCUACAUUGGCUAGCAUGUUCUUUAUACGUGGCUUGCAGAAAAGCUGUCCCAACAGUGAGCAGAGGAACCGUUGAAGGAAACUAUGUAUCUUUAAUAAGAAUAUUGCGCUGCUCAGGACAAAGGUAACUUCUAUUUUAACAAAUCAGAAAGUUUUAGAAUUGAUACUAAUGUGUGAAUUGCUAUAGUAAGUAACUAGUAAGACUAUUAUCAUGACUUAGGCAUGCUCUCUGGUCGUUAGCUGUAUAGGGAUCAGGGAUAACCUUGCUAAAUAUAAUAUUUCAAGUGACUUUAAUCACUUUGACUUGUUAAAACUGCUCUUGCUGGUUUGACCCUUUGUAACAACAGUAUGUUUAUAUUUAUUUCCUGUCAGAGAUAUUUGUUUAACAUUUAUUUAAGUGCAGUAUAUCAACUAAUAAUACAAACAUGCAUCAACAACUUAAAUGUUGGCAUGAAUAAUUUUUAUAAUGAAAAAGUGAUUCAGUUCCAUCAGCAUUGUUGUUUAGCACAGCUUGUCCAAAGUUCUGUUUUCUGUACCAUUUCAUACUUACACUUGAGGUGAAAAGUUUUACAGCAGAGGAAAAAAGAGAGAGAUGCAUUGAGUUAAUCAACAUGACUAAUUUAGGUCCAUUAUUUCACUGUAGGACUAGAAUAACAUGCAAAUGGUCACAUACAUGAACAUUGUUGUCUGAUCAUGGAUACUUAGAUUAAUUAUAGACAGAAAGAGGGGGAAUAAUGGGGACACAGAACAUGUGGUAGACCUGAGGAAGCAUUCAAAUCAAAUUAGAGAGAUAGCUGAACAAAAUAUAGUCAGAGGCCCAAGUUGGCUUCACUUAAUCUUUACCUAGGGGACAAUACAAAUCUGCAUUUUAAGCAUCUUAUUUGCCAUCUUUCAUUAGCAGCCAAGCUAGUAACAGCUAGGUACUGGAAAUUCUUAGAGGAUGCGACAUUGAUCACAUGGUAUAAAGAAGGAUGAUAAUAAACUCUGACAGAAAAAAUAACCAGUAAACUAAAAAUAGCAAAGGGAAUGAAACAGACACUUUUUCAGUGGACUGGCAUGCUUUUAUGAUCUACAGUGUGAAAGAGGAAAGCAUGGGACCACCUCCAUAUUGUAAAUGAUUGAUGUGGUAACCAUAAUUGCCAUGCAAAAGCAAUACAACAAUUUAAGGGAUGUGAACUCUGUUGUAAUGUGACCUCAUGUCUUCGGAAAUGAUGGGAGGGUAGAUUUUGUUCCAAUACUGUUUCUUGUUGUUUUGUAGUGCAAGAAAUAAAAAAAAUGAGAAUCAUUGGAUUGGCAUAGAGAUCAUAGGUAAAAGCAAUUAGAAUGCACAGAAUAAGCAAAAAUGACUUAUGCUUGGUUAAGAUUUUUUAAAUAGAAAGUUGAUAAGAAAACAGGUCUUCAGUAGCAAAUAUGCUUAAACAGAUUUCAGCAUUAAUAUACUACAGCUCAAGAGUUUUAGCAAGAUAGUUUGACCAAAAAAAAGUGGGGGUGGGGCAGGAGGCAUGACCAAAUUUGCUUAGCUUCUCUGGAACAUGCAGGGUAAAGAACUAGGUGAGAGAUUAUCACUGAGGGGAAGAAAGAAAGAAAAAAUUAGGAAGCCAAUCAGAAUGGGAUACUCCAAUUUGAAUGAAGAUUGUAAAAGGGGAUAGAAGCAGAGGCAUAGGAAGGUCAGUUGGUACCCAGUGUGGGAAAUUUCUUGUCACCCCCCCCCAUUGUUUUGUUUUGGUUUUGUUGUUGUUGUUUGCCUGCAAAAAUGGUUUUAUGUUAUUUCAUAUUUUCUUACAAAGGAAUGUGGAUUCUGGGCCUCUGAUAACAAGUAGGCAACUAUGGACAGAUACUUAAAUCUACAGGAUGGAUUGUGUUUUGGCUUGUGUUAUUUUAUUUAUAUUUAUUGUUUAUUUAUUUAAUUAAAUUAAUUUUUAAAAACCUGCAAAGUGGUUUACCAAAAAAAAAAAACCACAGCAGUAAAAUCAAGAAAAAUUAACAAUCCUACUUUAAAACAUACAAAAGCUAAAAUAUUAAGAUUAAAAUUACUUCAACUUCCUAAGCAUCUAGGUAUGCUUGCCUAAAGAAGAAUUCUUUUAGCAAAGUCAUGUGCUUUGUUGCAAUAGGCGGGGAGUACCAAAGUGUGGGUGUUGUCACAUUAAACAAUGCAGUACAGUGGUGCCUCGCAAGACGAAAUUAAUUCGUUCCGCGAGUUUUUUCGUCUUGCGAGUUUUUUCGUCUUGCGAAGCACGGUUUCAAUUUUUUCAAAAAAAUCUUCAAAAACCUCAAAAAAGGCUACCACACCGCGUGCUAUGAGUUGCUCCCCGAAGUCAAGUCGCAACUGCACCUCUUCAAGCAAUGCACCCUGUAUUACUGUAACGGUUUUAAGAAAAAGGAAACAAACUUGCAAGACGUUUCCGUCUUGCGAAGCAAGCCCAUAGGGAAAUUCGUCUCGCGAAGCAACUCAAAAAACAAAAAAUUCUUUCGUCUUGUGAGUUUUUCGUCUUGAGAGGCAUUCGUCUUGCGAGGUACCACUGUACAGAUAUUAUGAGGAACCUGUAGUAGUGCUUGAAACUACUGAAGGGGAUGUUUUAUUUAUUGUGAUUUCACCAUGCUCUGUAUUAUCUGAAAAGGAAAACAUUUAUUUAAAAAAUAGGACUGCACAGCAGCAAUCUACUCUCAUCAUGAUCAGUGGGACUUAUUCCCGAGCCAACGGUGCAUAAGAUGGGCUGCAAUCCUAUGCACCCCUUGCAUCCAACUUGUACCUAAAACUCUGCACAAGCCUGCACCAGAGAAUUGUAGAGUUGGAAGGGACCCCUGAGGGUCAUCUAGACAAACCCCUGGGGCAAUGCAGGAAUCUCAAGUAGACCAUCCCCGACCAAUGGCCAUCCGUCUUCUGUUUUCCCCCUCAGCCAAGACACACAACAACAGAGACUGGAGGUGGGGGGAAAUAAAAAUUUUGACAAUGGGGCAGAUUUGUCAGGCGUGCACAGGAACAGCUUGAAGACUUUACACAGAGAGGAACCCCACACGGGUUUCCCCGCAUGUAACGUAACAGGCAGGGAGCCAGCUCAGAUAGAGAGAAAGACAUUGGGGGAGGACAGGACAAAAGAGUACCAAAAUCCGCCCAUUUUAUCCUCUUUGGGAUGGUGGCGCUAGGGCUCUGGGAGCACCCUCCCCAAAAUAUUUACUUGUCUUCACUGUAUUGUUACCACUGUUAUUCUAUAGUACAGAUCUUUUUUAAAUUUAAACACUUUCUCUAAAAUUAAAACAGCAGAAGUAAUCAGUAGCAUAGAUACCAAAGGGAAGGCGAGAGAAUAGUCCCUAAUAGAUACAAGGGAGACACAGAUACACGAGCACACAGAAGUAAAUAAUCCAGCCUCGGGGAGAGGGGUGGGAAUGUACAGUUUGCUGUACUUAGCCUCGAGAUGGGAGACUAAAAGGGCUUAAAAAAUAAAAGUCUUGUGUCUAGGAAUAUUUUUCUGCAAAAGCAUCAGACUGAUUGUCAAAAGUGUGAACUUCAUUAAUAGACCCUAUUUAAAGGAAUUGUUCAAUUAGCCACAGACUUGCUUUGCUGAUUUUUCUCAUCUUCUUUUAAUUGCACAACUGUUUUUGGGGGGUCCUAGCUUCAUGCAGGGAAGACUGGGGUGUGUGACUGAGAGGGGGGAUCCUACCUUCAUGCAGGGGAGGCUGGGGGCAAAGGGGAGACUGGCCUGCCGAGUGCCCAGGGUGGCGCUGAGCUGCUCCUCGCGCCCCGCGCAGGCAAAAUGGGAUGGCAGCACUGCUAUUGUCCUGCACACUCCACUUUUGGGGGCAGCAGAGGCUUUUCGGAGGGGGAUUGGGGCCCAAAGGCCUCCUCAGCAGCCCAGAAAGUCAGCCUAUGUGAAGAAAACGAGACUAGGCCAAGUAGAUUCGGCCUUGCCUUCGCCCCACCCCCAACCCAGCUAGCCAGUCGGCUGUGUGUAGGGGGCGGGGCGAAGGCAAGGCAAGGCCUAAUCUACUCGGCCUAGUCUCAAUUUCUUCACAUAGGCCAACUUUCCAGGACCCAGGAAGCCCAGCGGAGGGUAAGGGAGUAGGGCAGUUCAUAAAAAACUUUAAAUAAAUAAAUAAAUAAAUAAGCAAGCCUGCUCUACUGAAUUGAAAUUUCAGCCUUUACAACAUAGGAAAAUGGCCAAGUAAACAGCUAUUUUUGUGGAGGAGGGUCAAGAUAUUAACUGAUAUGCAUGAAAUUUCACCUACAGCUAUAUAAUCCCUAGUGUAGUAAGAUAAGACCUUUGGAGCAGGCAUUUUUUUUUUUAAAGUUUUUUAUGAACCGCCCUAGUAGGGCAGUAAUUGUUCCUUGAUAAUUUGUCACCCCCCUCCAUGAUGGUACCUGGGGCAGGGGGUCCCCGCCCCCUUUUCCUACACCCCUGGAUAAAAGACAAUGGACUAGCUGCAUGAGAAAAGGAAAGAGUAAGUAAAUGCAGGUAAAAGGACUGGCUCUCAGGUGAGACCUAAUGCUUAAGGCAGUCUGAGAUCACUUAUGCUUGAAAGUUAAGAUACUUUCAUGCAUUAGAAUCAAUAUCUCUAUAUGUGUUGCUUUUUCUUUGAUGUGUGCUUUAGUUGUAAUUAUUGUUUUUAAAUCCUGCUAACUUGUCUCAUCUAUCACUGCUUUGUUCAGAUGGUGGGGGGGGAGGUACUCCAAUGGACUCCAGGUGUACAUGCCUUUAAAUAGGGUAGUAUGAUCCCUGUUGGGGUCAUAUUAUAAGAUAACUCCCAAAAAUUAUGCAACCCUGUGCCAUAUGAGGCAAUAUACUGUUUCGCCUAGGAAGCAUUUUUAUAGCAAUUUCCCUUAAAGUAGCCUUAGAGCUAUAGGAUGUUGCAUAGUCUGCCAUAGGACUGGCUAAGAAGCAGUCACAAAAUAUGUGAUCACCAUAAUUGAAGAGAGGCUAUAAUAGAGUUGAAAAUGGAAACAUCACACAUGUUUUAUGGGGGUAACAUUGAAUAAACUUAGGAGGGGACAGGGAACAUUCAGAGGAAUAGACAGCGGUGAAACACAAGUAGUCAUAGCUACUUCAAUUUUAAAAUAGGAAAGAGGCUGUCCUUCGUUUUCCUAAUUUAUUAUUAAAGUGUUUGAAAAUUAAGAUUCCUUGCAUAUUUUCUAUUGUAGUCAUGCAAAGUUACAUAAAUCACAAUUGGUUUUUAGAAAGAUACUUCAUAAGACUAUAUUUCUGAUAAUCUAAAUGUCUUCAGUUUGAUAGAAUUUUUUAACAAGAUGAAGAAAUGGGAAGAUAUGGCAAAUCUACCCUCCCAGUUCAGAGAACGUACCACAAGAUUAGAAAGAAACUUUACAGUUUCUGCUGUAAUUUUUAAGAAGUAUGAACCCAUUUUUCAGGAUAUUUUCAAGUACCCUCAAGAUGACCAACCACGCCAGCAGAGAGGAAGAAAACAAAGGUAUGGAUUUCUUAUAUUAAUUAAGGUAUUAAUACAUUGUUGUUGUUUAAAAAACUAAGAUUUGUAUUUGACCCCAUUUAAUUGGAAGUAAGUUGCGUGUUAGUUUCAUUGUAACCUAAGUAAAUAUGUUUAGUACCUUUUGUUAGCUAACUUCUUAGGAAAUGCCCUCCCCAAUCCUUGCUUCGCUCACCUGCACUAGUUCACCUGUCUCCUUUCUCUGUCCCCACCAUCAAUUACUCUCCUGCUUCUAAGUGUCUUUCCAGGCUUCUGACUGAUGGGCAAAAUUAGAUGGCCAUGCAUACUCUCUGUAUCCUUGCCCUGUUUAAUGAAACAAAGAACUAUGAGGACUGUGAGUGCUGCACAAUCUCCCUCCUAGCCCGAAAGCUCAUGAGCUGUCAAUCUAGAAGGAAAAGAAUAAGGAAAUCUAUGUGUGCAGCAUUCACAAUACAGCCCAAAGUGUCUCUGACUUUUCUAUAGGAGUGGUAUAUUUUUGAGAUCCUUCAUCGUAUAAAUGAAAAUAUAAUAAUUUGUUUCUUUUUAUGGCAUCAUUGCUAAAAAGGAGACAGCCUUGCACAGUCUCUGAAGUUUUUCAGUUUUCCUGGGUGCUGUUUGUUUAUGCAAAAGGUAAGAACUGAUAUUUAAUAUUGUGUUCCAUAGCCUUCAUGAUACUAUCUUUUAAGAGGUUUGAUGAUAGCAAUGCAUCUUAAUAAUUGCUCCAAAGCUGUAGAAUGAUCUUUCUUUCAUAACUGCCUCCUUCUUCAUUUGGAUUUUGACUUGGUUAGCUAGUCUUCUGCUUUUUCCUUAAAAAAAAAAAAGGUGUAAUUAAUAUGGCCACCCACGCUUCCCUUACAUAGUGAGGGAUGCUGUCCCUGUUUUGAUGGUGUUGGUUUGUCUUUCUUUAUUCAAUUUUUACCCCUCCCCUCCUCACAAAGGAACCCAUAGUGUUAAACACAUCAGUAAUAAGAUUGUUUGUUUAGUAUUUAAAACAAACAAAUCCACAGCAUCAUUGUCUCAAACAGUGAUUUCAGGGUUUCCAAGAACAGUAUCUUUCCGUCCAUCAAAUAUCUGGGUAAAGAGGGAUGGUUUUCAGUUCCUCUUGAAAGCUAUUAAAAAGGAAGACUCACUUCACCAGGGAAAGCAUUCCACAAAUUGGGAACCACUACUGAAAAGUCCCUUUUAUUACCAUUUUCAUUGUGUUUUGUUUCUCUGAGCUUAUUGAUUUCAGUCAACCUUGCUCCCAGUUAAGUACACAUAAGAUUGUAUCUUUAAUACAGUCUUGCUUGUACUGAUGUUUGGCUAUCUGAAAAUUGGCUGAAAGCUCUCCCUUUUAAAGCUUGAUGGGAAAUAGCAUAGCCAUUCUUCUUGUUCUCUUUAACAAGCUUGGAAUUAUGGGUGUUGGCUGUUAAAUGGGACCUCUGUUUUAACCUUGUGUAUAGAUUUAUCUUAAGUGUCUCUAAUUUGUCUGAAGGUAUGAAGUGUCUAUAUAAUUUGUGGAAGAGGCUUUGGUUUACACCCAUUGUAGACUGUUGUCCUAACAAUUCUUACACUCCUGAUGGCUUAAAUCAACUAUAAUACAAGUACAAAAAAGUUGUUGUCUAAACUGAGUAUUUCUAUUGGCUUUAAGCAUCUAGUCCUACUUUAUGUGCUGCUUUAUUUGUAGUGAUAACUGUUGACAAAAGGUUGACUGAGUAAAUAUACAACAUUCUUAAUCUGUUGUUACAAUGUAAGAAAAUAAUAUGAGCAUCACAGCUCAUUGAAAUGGAAUACAGUUCCUAGAAUGUGUUCUGUUUCAAAACCCACCAUGAAUUUGUUUUCAAAGGAAAAAAGAACUGUUAUUUUCUUGCUGAGAUUCAUACCAGUUGAGCAGGGGUGGGCAAGAAGGUAUAUUGAGAUCUACUGGUAGAUCUCUGGAUGAUUUGAAGUAGGUUGGCAAGGAUUUCUGACUCUCUGUAGUUUAACAUCUCCCUGUGAGCUGAAUUCUGAUACUCAAAACAAAUUUAUUGACUCAUAAUUCUUUUCUUCUAUGCCUUUUGUACUUGGCUCUGGAUAGUGAAUCUUGGGUUUCAAAACCAAAGUAGAUAUUGCAACCCUGAAAACUGCCCGCUUCUGCAAGUAAAGUACAGAAUAAUUGCUUGGACAAUGAUUCUAAAAAGGGAGACUGAUGGAAGCAAAUUGACUAGGAUUAUAGGGGUUAGUGUCAGAAACUACAGGACUUUUUGUCUAUCUCUUUUUUAAUAACCUUUUUAUUUUUAAGUAUUAAAGACUUGCAAUUUAAUGAGCACUAUUAAUGAGCUGCUGUCUUCUAGCUUAUUAUUCAGUCCAUGAGAACAUGCUUUUUGUUGUUGUUGCAAGAAUGGCAGAUACCUCCCAUGGAAUACUUAAGGCUCUAAAAUGGGAUAAUGUAGCUUGUAAACUGUGAAAUGGAGUUUCACAUGCACAGGCUUCAUUUGCUUUUGACAAAUAGCCAUGGGACCUUGUUUGCACUGUUUUUGAGGGUUUCUUCUGCGUUUAUCAUGGCAACCACAUUUCAAGGGCAAGUUUGGGCUUGCCUGUGUGACCAGCUUUGCUUAAAGAUAAGCACUUGCAACUUCCUUUCUCUGCACAGAAAGUAAUAUAGAUUUAUUGCUUGCUACUUCUGGUGCAGAUGAAUUAGCCUCUUGCCUAAUGUGUGCGGUAAGACAAGUGCUAAGGUACUGUAAACUAGCAUAGUAUUAACAAUACAGUUGCUGAUGAUUAGUUAUUCUGCUUCUCAGAUUUUAAGUAAUUUAGUAUUAUCUGUGGUUUCUUUAAGGUGGAAAUGUUCUUUAUUUGAGGCAGCAAUUAAACAGUAGCAGUAUUCUCACUUUUUUGCUAUUUAUUUUUUUUAAAGGAAAAUAGCAAAUAAGAAAUUAGAGAGUAAUAUGGCUGAACUUUGAAAUAUCAGUUGUCCUAACUGGAAGUUAUUAUAUGUACAGUUUUUAGUUUAUAGUAUUACAGUAUUAAUGUAAAUAAUCUGUAAUUUACAUGACAACAGUUUUAAAUCUGAUGUCAGUAGGUGUCUGAUCCAUGCAUUUAUAUUUAUAAUGUAUUUACAUACCUGUUCCAGUAUUGCAUAUGCACAUGGAUUAAUGAACACUGUUGAUGCUAAGCUGGUGCUCUUCAGAUGUUGUUGGAGUACAACUCCCAUUUAAUUCUGAUCACCACUUGUGCUGUCUGGGCUGUUGGAAGUUGGAGUCCAAAACAUUUAGAGGGCAGCAGGUUGGAGAAGUCUAGUUUAUUCUAUGAGAAAUUUUCUAAGGAUUGCACUCAUCUUGUUAAAGUUUGGAGCGCUUUUUAAUCAACAUUUCUUUAUAAUACGUUGUAGGAUAUCAUAACACAAAUUGAUUUCUAAACAGUGAGAACUUAAGUACAGUAAGAAAGGAGUAAUAUUUUUACAUUAACAUUAAAACUUCUAAAAAGGAGCAUGUAAUAUUUCAGAAUGCAUUUUUAUAUUUACCCAGAGGGAAUACUGAACAUUUUCCCAUGCUUUAUUUUUCAGUCAAAUCUUUUUUGAUAGUAACAAUGAAUGAUGUAUGUGUUUUUAAAAGAUUCAUGAGUAAAGGACUGUAAGGUAAUAUUGGUAAUUGUCCAAUCUUAAAAUUUACGGUCAUUUGCAUUUUUUUGAGAAUUCUGAAAUCUUCUUAAAUGUAAUUCAAAUCUUAUUUGUAAUCUCUCAGGCAAUUUCCCUAUGAUCAGUGAUGACUUGGUCAAUUCCUACCAUCUAUUAUUAUGUGUCCUUGAUCUAGUCUAUGGAAAUGCUCUCCAGUGCCCAAAUCGUAAGGAGCUUCUGAAUCCUAGUUUUAAAGGUACGUUUUAAAAAUCUCUUUAUAAUGUUUCUCAUGGUAUGCCACAAAUUCAUUAUUUUGAUUUUUUUUUAAAAAAACACCUUGCUUUUUUUAGUUUGGCUUUGAGUGUAGUGAACCAAAUAUUACACUGAAAGAUUAGGUGCGCCACACUGAGCGGAACUCUAAAAAGGAUUAAAUAUAAUGCAGGUUGUUCACCCUUUUGCUUUAUCUGCACAUUUAAUUGUUCUCUAACUUUGCCAUAGAAAAUACAGCAGGCCAAAGAACAUAUUGUUUAUCCAUACACAGGGCUGGAUUAAUGAAAAGUGAAGGGAGAGAGCAUGGUUUGUAUCAUAGUCUUCAAGAAACAAAAAUUCCUUCAUAAAACAGCUAAUUGAUUCACACAAAAAAGCCCAAAUGUUUGCCGCACUGACAGCUAUGGUCGGGGAAUGAAUACUGAUUUUAAACUCUGAAUCAUAGAUUUUAGUUGAGACAGUGUUAUUUUUAAUAUAAAUAAGUAUAUAGGGAAUUUUCAAUUUUGCCUACUGCGUCCACUCCUUGGUGCUGAUGUAGUACCUAUUGCUGAUGUUAUUUCUGUUGUCUGGUCUUUGACUGCAAUAAAGAUUGAUUGAGUGUUGGAAUUUUUUUUCAUAUUAAAAUUUAAUAAGCCUGGAGCAUGCAAAAUAUUUUUACUCCUCUCUUCCCCUCCCUACUCCCGAUGCUACUUGAUAUCAUAGGGCUGCCUGAAGACUUCCAUAGUAAAGAUUUUAAGGUGUUGUCUGAAACUCCUUGCAUCAUUGAAAAGCUCUGCUCCUUACAUGAUGGUUUAGUAUUGGAAGCCAAGGGUAUAAAAGAACAUUUUUGGAAGCCCUAUGUGAGGAAACUUUUUGAGAAAAAGGUAUGUAACUAAUUUUAAAACUUUAUGCUUCAUUGAUGAUUUGUCAUUAUUCCAUUGCUUGCACUUAACACUAGUUCUGUUUUCUUGUAGAUUCUAAAGGGAAAGGAAGAAAAUCUGAUGGGCUUACUGGAUCCUGGAAACUUUGGAGAAAGCUUGUGAGUUUUGUAGAACAAUAGCAUUGGUAGUCACAGAAUUUGCUGGAUACAGAGGUUCCAUUAGUUUGCUCUCAAUCUGUCACAACAUCCCUCACCUCUUAGAGCUAAGUUUUGAAGCCCAGUCUAUCACUGGUAAUGGUACAAAAUUUGCUCCUGAAAAUCACCAUAUUUUGAACCACUCAGUUUUAGUUACUUGUGAAAUCCUGGGCUAUAAUUUUUUAGCUUCCUCAAAUGCAUUUGUACCUUUUUAAGGUAUUUUAAACAGGAGCAUCCUUGACAAAUUGCCUAAAUGUAUGUAUGUGUUGGUGUGGGUGUGUAUGUAUGUAUGUACAGUGGUACCUUGGUUUAAGAACAGUCCUGUUUACGAACGAUUCGGUUUACGAACUCCGCAAAACUGGAAGUAGUGUCCCGGUUUGCAAACUUAACACGGUCUCAGAAUGGAAUCCAAACAGUGGAAGGGCACCAGCAGCAGGAGGCCUCAAUAGGGAAAGUGCGCCUCGGUUUAAGAACAGUUUUGUUUUAAGAACGGACUUCUGGAAUGGAUUAAGUUCGUAAACCGAGGUACCACUGUAUAUAUAUAUAUAUGUUUAUUAAAUUUCUAUCCCACCCCUUCUUCCAAUCAUCCAUUUGCCUUUGAAUGUGCACCAAAGUCCCAAGGUUAGUUGAGUUUUCCUAGCUCUCUUUUCACCUUGAAAUAUUAAAAGUCAGUGGUUGGACCCUAGUUUUCUUUCUGUCUCCCCCUUUUCCUUUAACCCCCAAAAAUCUGCUUCUAGGGGUUGGGAGAUUUGGGGAGAUGGUGUGGUGAAGAGGGUUGCAGAUAUCUCCUCCCCACCCCCUUCCUCUACAUUAACAAAUGAUCAACUUAAGAUCCAAAUUAGUUCCUAUGUUUGCAUUAUCAUAACUUGCUUCAAGAUAAAUCUGGGGGAUGAACAAGCGUUUUGUCCAAACAUGUAGCUGCUGGACCCUGGCUUAAUAUCUUGGCUUCGGUUACAUUUAAUGGAAGACUUCCUGGUUUGAUUGCUUGCCUGGGGAAGCAAGGAACAAGGCAUCUGCAUAUGUACCUGAAAGGUUAAUCCAUAUCUUGGCUUCAUAAACUAGAGAGGUGAUAAUCUGAGCAGAGCAGUUCUGUCAGCAGUUUCAUCUUAUACAGUUAGAUAUCUGCUGGUUACUUACAUUAUAUUUUGAUAGUUCUCAGUAGGGCUUUUUCAACUGGAACUCACCAAAACCCAGUUCUGGUCCCCCUCCAUAGUCAUUACAGUGGUACCUCGUGUUACGGACGGGAUCUGUUCUGGAGGGCCAUCUGUAACGUGAAAUGUCCACACUUCAAAGCACUGCGUCUGCGCAGGCGCACAGCGCAAUUUGGCGCUUCUGGGCAGGCACGAGCAACAAAACCCGGAAGUAACCCAUUCCAGUACUUCCGAGUUGCCACAGGACAUAACGCAAAAAGAUGCAACAUGAAGCGGACGCGACAUGAGGUAUGACUAUAAGAGAACAAGGAGGGGUGUUCAUGGUGAGUUCCGGCACCUCUUUUUCUAGAAAAAUAGUGCUGAUUCUCACUAUUUAGAUUGAUGCCAUAACAAAAGUCUCAUUUUUAAUUAUUAUUUUGAGGAAAUAAAUGUUGGCUUAGUAGUUACACUUUGUAAAAGUUAUCAUAGAAGGAAUCAAAGAUCCAACAGUUUUCUGUGGUAACACUUUUUAGAAAUUCUAACCCUGUUUGACUUUUCUCAUGACAGAAGCGAAAAGGCCUAGGAAGACCCUUUUUACUGAAACGCUUCCCUCUGUUCUGUUGCAGUCACUUAUAUUUUGAGUACUCAACACUGUUUAUCUCUCCCCCCACACCCCCAAAUAUUAUAGCAAAGCCAUCAACAAGGCCUAUGAGGAGUACAUAUUGUCAGUUGGAAAUCUAGAUGAGCGAAUAUUUCUUGGAGAUGAUGCAGAUGAAGAGAUAGGAACCUUGCGAAGAUGCUUAAAUACAGCCUCAGGCAUGGAAACAGCCAAAAGAGUUCAAGUGAAAUAUAAUCUGCAGGAGCAUUUUGAACGAGUGAGUAUAGUGUGGUCUGUCGUGUGUUCUAUUGGUGAGUUGUUGUCUGUCCUUAGAAUAGUCCUAGUAACAUAUUGCCCAUGGUCAGAAUUACAUCUCUGGGUGUAUUUGUUUCUCUGGUGCAUUUCCAGGCCCAAAUCAAAGUAAAGGUUUUAAGCUUUACAGUAAUAACUUUAAGAUCUUCUGCUGUGCUCACCCUCAGGUUGGCAAGGUGGGUUGCCAGGAUGGAAAUGCACCUCUUUAUGGUGGUCCCACAGCCAUGCUGGCCCUUCCAUUGGGCCAGCACCAAAUCUCUAUGUUGCAGACUUCGGGAAAGGCCCUGAAGAUGUACCUAUUCCAGACAUGAUGCUUGUUAACCAAGUGAGGGUCUCACUCAGGCUUCCUCAAACUUGGCCCUCCCAAAUGUUUUUGGCCUACAACUCCCAUGAUCCCUAGCUAGCAGGACCAGUGGUCAGAGAUGAUGGGAAUUGUAGCUUCAGAACAUCUGGAGGGCCGAGUUUGAGGAAGCCUGGUCUAACUGAAUUACAUUCUCUCCAAUUUUGUUAAGUGUUGAUUUAUAGCAUUUUGAAGUUUUAAUUUUAACCUUUAUCUCUUAUUUUGCUUGUAAGCUCUUUAGAUGGGGUUUGACCCAGAAAAGCGGCCUAGAAAUAUUUUAAAUCAUGAAAUAAUUAAUUUUUAUGUAAUCAUUGUAGUAACUUAAGUUCUUGAAAUAUUUUCAUGUUGCUGCUGUUUAGGCAAAAUCCUUUAGAAUAGCAACACCUCUUACUGGUCGAAAGUAUAUAAAGGAGAGCGACCCGUGUACAAGUCCCAUUUCCAUAGCCACAUACAGCUUGACCCGACUUCAUACAAUGCUGACAGGCCUGAAAAAUGCCCCUAGUGAAAAUCUUGAGCAGAUUUUCAGGUUAGUAGAAUCACUGCUUUAAAAUGAGUUGAUCUAAUCUUCCUGGAACAUUACGGACCGGAAAGCCAAAUAUAGAAAACAAGAAUUUUUAGAUUAAUUGAAGGAGUUUGAAAUUAUAUUACUUCAGAAUACAUAGUAUUGUGAUCACAGAUGCAUGAACAGCUUUGUCAUUUCCCCCCUCUCUCCAUUUGUGCAGAGAUACAGUUCUCUGGUAACCUUUUAAGAUUACAUGUAGCCUCUUUGUGUAUAAGAAAGCGUACACUGUGUUCUUUUUAUGCUUCCCUAUUCUUGGAUGAAAUAACGACACCUGUUUUUAUAACUGGCAUUUAAUGGUAUUUCAUUACCAUGGUAAAUCAGUUUAUUUGUUGGAAAUGCAACACAACAAAAUGUAAUAAAAUUAGCAAAACUAAACAUGCACAGUUCCAUCUUGUGGUGGCAUUUCAUGCUAGUCCUACUCACAGUAGACCCAUUGAAGUUAAUGGACUAGGCUAACAUAGGUUUGUUAGUUUCAGUAGGUCUACCCUAAGUAGACCCUGGCUGAAGGCAGUAUGUUAAAAAUAAAAUAAUUCUAUGAACAAUGGCUGGAUAAAAGUGGUAUUACUUCAUGGUGUUCUGAAAAAUCAUAUCACCCCUUUCUUCUUAAUUUACAAAAAAAAAUAAAAUUCAUUUUUUUCUGGCCAGGGCUUGUUCCAGGGAUCCUUCUUUGUCAAUUGCCAACAGAGUGAAAGAAAUGUAUGACAUUUAUUGUCAGAGAACACCGUCACAGGGAGAACCUGGUAGCUUCUCUAAAGGUAAGGCCAUACUAUGCUCUUAUAUAAAGCAACUUCCAUUGUGUUCUGAUAUUUCCAGUGAUCCCUGUACACAGUGCAGCUAGUAUUUGAAAGCUGCCUGGCCUUUGAACAUGUGUUCUGUCCGAAAACUGAUCCAUCUGGAAAUAGUGCAGUAUAGCCUUAUAAGAACAUGUUUGUCAUUUCUAUUUGUUUCAAGGGAUUUAAAAGUAAUUAUUGUUGUUUGGAAGCAUUCCCCUCCCCCAUUAUGAUUCUUUUUAAUGGCAGCUGACGAAAUCUAGCCCCAAGUCUUGAAUUUCUUUUCUUAAUGUGCAGAAAUUGUUGGAAAACACUUUCGUCUUGCUGAGGUCCUUUAUUAUAAGGUAUUGGAGUCUGUCAUUGAGCAAGAAAAGAGAAGACUAGGAGAUGCUGAUUUAUCUGUAAGUAAGUCAGAAUAGUUCACAUAAAUUUUCAACAUUUUUUAUUUCAAAAGAAACUAAUACAAAAUGAAAUACUUACCUACAAUAAGAAUUAUGGUAAUCAGUCCAUAAGCUGGCACCAAUUUAGUCAUUGUUUUCUGCAGGGUCUUUAGGAUUGCCCAACCUCAUAGUUUGUGUAAACAUAAUGUUAAACUAAUGAAAUUUCUGUUGCCUUAAGAUCAAAGCAGUUUAUCCUCUUCUAUGCAAUAGUAUAACCUCUCCUCCAGAGAAAUUGCUAUGUAAGUUGCAGUCUCCAUGACAGUGAAUAAAAUGGUCAUUUUAAAAUGCUCAUAUAUAUAAACCUUGGCAGUAUUAAAAACAUUUAAUAUUGUUGACAGGUAUUGUUAUCCCAGUUGUCCCAGAAUAACCAACAGACGCUGGCUGCAUGAUAAGUCCGUUGCCCAGAAGGGAUCUGUCUUUAUAAGUGGAUGAGACCUGUGAGGUGUGCAUAUUCCUCAACAAAGAAAUGCUGCCUUCCUAAAUUGAAAUUAAAUGAGGAGUCUGUGUGCAGAAGAUUCAUGAACAUUGGUCUUCCUGUCCUAGUGAUUGGCCAUAACCAUGAGGUUUAGGAACGAGUGAUAGAGAUGCAUAACUCAGACAUUUUCCUUUGCCUGCUCAGUGUCAACUUCCACCUUACUGGUGCAAAUUAGUUAGUGGCGAAUUAUAUCGUGUUAGAUUUUUUAAAGGACUUGCUUGAAUGAAGAAAUGCUUUUUGCGUUUUCAUGCUGAACUGAUUGAAUUCUUCACUGUACAACACUUUUUCUAUCCUAGGGGAUUCUGGAGCAUGAUGUGUUUCACAGAUCUCUCAUGGCUUGCUGCCUUGAGAUAAUUAUUUACUCUUACAAAGCAACUGAUAGUUUCCCAUUCAUCGCCGAUAUAUUUGAUGUUCCUGCCUUUCACUUUUAUAAGGUGAAUUAUUUUUUACCAUUUGCUCUGACUUCUAAGAGUCAGCAAGGAAAAUGUUAUAAUUUACUAAGAAGUUAACACCUUUUAAUUUUUGAAAAUGCUAUUGAAUUUCAUAGUAGUUUCAAAGACAUAACAAUGUAUGUUUGUUUAAACUUGCAAUAUUUGUUAUAGGUGAUAGAGAUUCUGAUUAGAGCAGAAGAUGGCCUUUGCAGAGAGGUAGUGAAGCACCUCAAUCACAUCGAAGAGCAGAUUUUAGAAAGUCUGGCAUGGAAAGCGGAAUCACCGUUGUGGGACAAAAUCAAAGAAAAUGAAAAUAAAGUUCCCACAUGUGAGGAGGUAAAAUACGGGGCUUAUCUGCCGUGUGUGUAUAUACUUCUUUAUUUAGUACUUGGGAAUUUAUUCUGCCUGUUUAACCGAAAUGGGAAGGAUUUAGCCCCCGUUCAUCAGCUGAGAAGCAGAGGGCUGACUCCUGUUUUUGCAGUCUGUCUGAAUUGAACCCCACACACCUGUCAGUCAGAUUCUAAGCCCAGCCUGUGGAGAGUUACCAUCAACUUAACCCUAAACCAGCUCUAUCCAACCUAUUACCCUAUGGAAGUUUCAGGCUACAACUCCCAUCAUCCUUGAUGGUUGGCCAUUCUGGCUGGGGCUGAUAAGAGCUGUGGUCAGCAAUCAUUGCCCCUCUCCCCUACCCCGUUCCUCUACUGAGACAGCUCCUUAAAAACUGUCUGUGGUGUUUGCCAGCAGUGCUUUUUCUUGUAGUCAGUGAAGCUAUUUAGGAUGCAUGGAUUCAGGUGUUCAGCCAAUUCUACAUUAAAACUGCCAGCAGCUUGGCCUCUAGGAAUAUAAUGGGCACAAACAUCCCUUCAGUCUUCAUGUCCUGCUAUUGGUCAAUAAUGGGUCCUCCUUUCCUUCAGACAUCAUUUGAUUGUUCAGUAUCUCAUUUUCUUUGCCCAGUAAGAGCAAGAGGGUGAGUGAAAUGGGGGGAGAUUAUUUGCCAGCAGGCUUAUCAUAUAGGUUUAAGCAGACAUUCAUACAGAUCCAGCUCAUUGUCCCUCACUACUUUCUGCAAGAAAACACUGAACCAGCAAUUUUUAAGAAAAUCUAAAGAUGUACAUUAAGUAAAGAACUAUUCCCCUCCAAUGUGCCCAACUGAUCUAGUUCUAUUAAAAUGUCAUUGAAGUCUGUCACAGCAGUCCAGGAUUAUUACUGGAAUUUCUGGCUCCUGCAUGAAGUAACUAGAAAACAGAUUAAUCGUGUUUAUUUAACUGGUACUGUGGCUGCAGUCUUGUACCACCUUCCUGUGAGUAAGUACCAUUGAAUUAAAUAGGACUUGCUUCUGAGUAGACAUGUAUAGUAGGCAGUAAGGCACAGAUCAGAUGUCAUGUUUCUAGAUAUCUCAACCAUGCUAUGAGAUUGUGUACUUUCCUGUUCCUACAUGUUUAUUUAUUUAAAUAAAUGUAUGGUCUCUUAAAAAAAAGAAAACAGAUCAGAUUAAAAUCCCCCUUCCCAGUUUGCUUAUAACUGGAAUUUUCUAUUAUAUUUAUAUCCCAACUUACUAUUGUUACAGCUUCCUAGGGUUUUCCAAAACUGUUGUUCAAAUCUUGGGUUGCAGGGAAGACUGGGACAUCAUUAUCCACAGUUUGCACUAGAUUAAAACCAUGAUUUGAAGCAAUUUUGGUAAAUGGUAACUCCUGUUUUGGACAUAACAGUGGAGGUUAAAAAAUCAACAGAAAGCAGCAGGGAGAAAAAACUCUAAAAGGCUGCAGAAUGUUCUUCUAAUGGCUGAACUGGACUACAGAGAGCAACAUUUUUAAAGAGUUUUUGCAAGGAUAAAAAAUGCAUGAAUCUUAUGUUUUUAGGUAAUGCCAUCUCAGUAUUUUGAAAAGUCAAAUGGGAACAGUGUGGCAGGUUCCCCUUUAACCCCAAGGAGGCUGAAUGAGAUUCGUGCUGAAACUGGAACACUGGGAAAGGGUAAGAUUUACUCAGCUUAUCACAAGGUGCAUCUUGUCUCAGUGUUUGCACAUCAAGAAUAUUACUACUUAAACACCGCCUCAUAUUGGACAGGGCAUGAUCAUAUUGGGAAAAAGGCCUGAGGAUGAUAAUCAGCUGUGAUUUAGGUUGGCGUAUUCACAAGGAGCAUUCUCUUCCAUGAAAUUGACAUAGUAAAAUAAUCUGACAACCUUGCCACAUCCAAAAUGUACAUGAGCCCUUAAUCUGAUGUUUUGAGUGGGAUUAAACUUUUAACAAGGCAGCAUUGGAUUACAUGCAAUUCUCCCCCCACUUUCUUUGUCAAUCUGCAGGCCUUUCAUCUUCUCCAACCACGCUUUAUGAGAGAUACAGCUCUCCGACAAGUAACCCUACGAGGAGAAGGCUCUUUGUUGAUAAUGACCCCCCUACUGAGGCCACUCGGACUCCUGUGAGGGUCUCCCAGCAGCCCGUGAUCAGUACAAUGUCUGUUCAGAACGUCUCCACAGAAACAAUACCUGUCACUCCUGUGCCUGGGCAGACUUUAGUAACUGUAGCGACCGCAACUGUGACUGCGAAUAAUGGACAGACAGUUACAAUACCGGUACAAGGUAAGGAGGAUGCAUGGUCUUUGCAAGAUGUAGGAAAUAACCAUUACGGUGGCUCCCAGUGCCAUCGUUGGGGUGUGGAUUGUAGUGAAGUGGGUGAAUCAUAUAAUUGAAGAGUUUGAAGGUACCCCUUCUCAGUAGGGACCCUCUUAGGAGUUCCUCCACCCUCAGAAGGGGGGGUGACGGCGUGUGGCAGCCCACAAGAGUGCGUACUCUGUGGCAACCCCUAAAUAGUGGAAUUCCCUCCCCACGAAAGUAUGUUUGAACCUUCUGCCAUAUAACGAAGGUGCAACUUUUAACCCUGACCUUUGACACUUGAGGUAUCUAUUUUUAGACCAGGGUGAGAGGGUCUGUAGGGUAGAAGUAAGAGAGUAAAUAGUGUCCCCCAAAUUCAGACUUCCCAGUACGCAAGCUUCUUUCAGCCCCAGAAGCAAAUUGGCUUCCCCCCUUUUUCUCAAAUUUCAGUAUGUACAUUUUCAUAUACUUCCCUAAGUAGUAGGAACCUUUUGUUCCAAAUGUUUCUGGAUUUUCUCCCAGCGGUCCCUUUGCAGCAUUUAUUUGCUCUUCCUUUUACAGGCAUUGCCAAUGAAAAUGGAGGAAUAACUUUCAUUCCAGUCCAGGUCAACGUAAGUGGGCAGGCCCAGCCACUGCCCAGUUCCAUCCAGCCUCUCAGUGCCCAGACCCUUGCUGGGACUCUCAGUACUCAACAAAUCACUGGCACAGCCCUUCAGUUACAAGGCCAGUUCCAGCAGAUUGCCCUUCCCGGAGAGCGACAAAAGCAGCAAAUGGGCAGUAGCAGUGCUAAGUCCAGGAAGGCCGGCUCACUCGCACUCUUCUUUAGAAAGGUACAUCCAGCAUAGAAAAUCACAUGUGUCACUACAGUGCUGACUUGGCUGGAAAUCCAAGCUUGCUUUCUUAGGGUAAGAACAUCCUCAGACAGGGAGAUGUGUAUGAUAAACUCAGACCAUUUUUUUCUAAGUCUACUCUGCCCAUCGUAAAUAAGAGUUCAAAAUCCACAUUGUUCUAGCUGAUUUUACUGCAGCAUUCCUCAGUCCUCAGUCAUGUUCAGACAUAUUAGUUUGAACUUCAUACAAUCUCUUCCAUUUUUAUGAUGGUGAUUUAGAAGAGGUUGUUGUGCCUUUCACAUUUAUACAGAGUACCACCCCAUAACUGCUUCUUAUUGAUUGAUUGAAUCUGCAAAGGGCAUUUUUGUCUGCCAGCCAACCAGAUGUUCUCCUAGAAAGGGAUCCCUCUCUUCAUCCCUCCCAACCCAUUUUCCACCCCCAUAGCAUUCCCUGGCUUUGCAUUCCUGUUAAAAAGGGGACUUGGUUCUUCCUUGCUUGCUUUCCAGCCACCUUUUUGAAAAAUAAUAGUUGAAGUGAAAUUUUGUUGAUAAAAUCGGGUAUAUAAGCUUAAGGAAUACAACUCACAUAUGUUAGGUUUGUGACCAUAGUAAAGCAUUGUUUUUAUAACAGGGAUCAACAUUUUUUGUAUCAGUUCCAAUGUUCAUUACAGUCUAUUAACUAAGAAACAAAAAGCACAAAAUAGAAAACCCAGCCUCAGUAGAACCCGUUAUUAACACUACUCACUCCUGAACAGGCUGGCUAUUGCUCAGGCAGGUCAACUUUAGACAACUGCUUUAUACUCAAACAUAUUAUUGAUAAACAUGUCUUGCAAUUCCAGCUAAAUAUUUAUGUGGCUUUCAUUGAUUUGAAAGCUGCUUUCAAUUCUAUCUUUUGGGAGCAAACUAUAAUCAAGGGGGGUUGAUAUGCAGCUUUUCAAAUACAUAAUGGUACUAUAUUCUGGCACAAAUUUGCGAGUUUGAAUAAAUGGAGGGCAUUAUCUGACACUGUUCCAGUUACAAAAGGAGUAAGACAAGGAUGUCUACUUGCCCCCCUUCAAUAUAUUUAUAAAUGAUGUAGCUGAGUUUCUAAGAGGUGUUCACUGUUUUCCAGUAAAAAUCAGAAAUAUUUAGUCCUCCUUUAUGCAGAUGAUGCAAUCCUGAUUUCCUGCACCCAAUUGGGCUUGCACGGACUGCUGAAUUGGUUCAGCUUGUAUUGCAAGAAUGAGCAUCUUACUAUAAAUUCCCAAAAAACAAAAGUUAUGUAUGAUAUUUGGCAAAUCCAAGAAAACUCACAAUUGGUCACUCAAUGGAAAUACACGGGAGCAAGUAUUCUCUUUUAAGUAUCUCAGUGUGGUCUUUCAGUGGACAGGGAAAUGGUCUGCACAGGUCCACUCAAGCACCCUAUUAGCUGGUAGAAUUUGAAAUGGACUAUUACAAUUCCACCUUACAAAAGGGGGCAACUUGGUUCAGCCUACUGAACUUUGUAAGCCUAGGGUGUUGCCAAAGUUGUUAUUUGGAGCACCACUGUGGGCCAUGACUAAUUUAGAUCACUGGAGAUAGUGCAGAACAAUUUUUUACAACCUCUAUCUUUCUUAGGAACUCCUUUAUGUUGGCCUGUCCAAUCCGCUAAUGGAAGGACAUUUAGUCUUGUCUGUGUAAAGACUAUCAUUUCAACAUUUGGUAAAUCUACCUUGGCAGAGAUGGAUAGAGUGGAAUAAAAAAAAGCAUAAAUUUGUUAGAUUGACAAAUCCUGAUACCUGAAGGGAAGGUUGUCUUUUGCAAAGACUUGUUUUUUGUUGUCUGAUGUAGAGAGGUAUAUUUCCUUUAGAACAUCCACAUAUCUUGCCACGGCUUUACAAAUUUGUGUAAUAAAACUUAAAAGGGGGAAUGGGAAAUGAUUUAUCUUCUAAAGGUCAAGGAGUAAAAAUGUAAACCACUACAGUGGUACCUUGGUUUACAACCAUAAUCUGUUCCGGAGGUCUGGUUGUAAACCAAAAUAGGUUGUAACCCAAGGCACGCUUUCGCCAAUGGGGCCCUCCCCCCCCCAAAAAAAAAUUGGUUGUAAUUUUAAAAAAUGGGUUGUAAUCCAAAAAAUGGGACACACACUUCAAGGUUUGACGUGGUUGUAAUCCAAGAUAGUUUUAAACCAAAGCGGUUGCAAACCAAGGUACCACUGUAUUAGUCGCAGUAUUCUUUUUAGCAUUUUUAUGUGUGUAAUGGCUGUUUGCUAAACACAAUAAACCAAACUGUCUAACAGGGACUAACAGUCAUAGCAGUUCUGAGAAGGAAAUGACAAUAUUCAGACAUUUUGCCACUUGUUUGGUAAUUAUUUAUUACCCCUUUCAAGGAAAAUACUUCAAAAGGGUCUCUUUGAAUUGACCAAGAAACUUCAUCUUAAGAAUUAUGCAUUUUCUUAACUCCAUUAUAAAAUCCACAGUAAUAGAACAAACAACAGAUGGUUUCAGUCUCUGAAUGUUUACAGCACCUAUCCUUGAUAGGAUCGUUGGAGGGUAAAACAUUAAAACAGAACAAAAAAAGUUCUCUUACACUUUUGUUUAGUUAGAAAAUUUAGAUACGGCAUACCUUAGUUAAAAAUACCAAGGUAGGACCAGUGACCUUAGUGUACAUGGUUCAUUAACAGAUAUGAAACACAGAAUUCUAUAAACACCUAAUAUAGGGUCAUUCUGACAGUCUCCUCUCUGUAUUAGGUAUUCCACUUAGCAAGCAUCCGUCUGCGGGAUCUCUGUCUUAAACUGGAUAUUUCGGAUGAGCUGAGGAAGAAAAUAUGGACAUGUUUUGAGUUUUCGCUGGUACAGUGCUCUGAACUCAUGAUGGACCGGCAUUUAGACCAGCUCUUAAUGUGUGCCAUUUAUGUAAUAGCAAAGGUAAAGGUUCACAAAAGGUACAUUUUGAGGGGGGUGCUAAAUAACUUGAAAGAAGAGAGAUCUAGUUAUGGCAGUGAAUCCCCCUCUUGUGUUUUAGGUUACAAAAGAAGACACAUCGUUUCAGAACAUCAUGCGCUGCUAUAGGACCCAGCCACAAGCUAAGAGCCAAGUAAGUAGGUUUUUUGUUGGUUGGUUGGUUGGUUUUAAGCCAGUAUGCAUUAAUGAUCUUUUUUCCUUCUCAUUUCACCAUUUAAAGAUUUUGCUAAAUAUAAAUCAAACAAAACACGAUAAAUCAGAUCCCAGUCAACUGAGGGCACUGGAAAACUUUCCAGGUCCCUACCCUGCCUGCCCCCCCCCCCCCGAAAGCCCACAUCAGUGUAGAACACCCACUGAAUAUAAUGACCCUAAGUUAUUCGUGCCCAUUAAUUUCAAUGGAUCUAACUAUGUGCAGUGCAUACAGAAAUUGAUCAUUGCUCACUAGGAAUGUCCCAUUGGAAUGAAUGGUCCAGGUUCUGAUUGCAGCAGUUCAUAUAAUUGAGCAUAUUUAGAGUUUUCCAUAAAAUAAUUAACAUUUAUAUAUGAAGCUCUGUUUAUAUGAGACAAGGGAGUAAUCUUCUGUAAUUCUUCUCUUUCAUCUACCACAACUUUGGCUUUUGGAAGGUGUAUCGAAGUGUCCUGAUUAAAGGCAGAAGACGAAGACAUUCAGGCAACAGUGACAGCAAUAACCAGCAGAAUUCCCCGACUGAAAGAAAUAAGGAUAGAAGUAAGUGGCUGUAAUAUGUUUUGAUGAAAGAUUUGUCCCCUGCGGUUGCCCUACCUUUCUCUAGCUGAAGGAAUCCUGAAAAAGGAUGCAGCCAUAUGUGCACUUGCUUGAGAACAGGCCCCAUCAAGCACAGUAGGGCUUAUUUCUUUGACCAUGGAGAGGACUGAACUGCAUGGGAAUCCAGAAUUGGAAUACUCUAGAGCAGUGGUUCCCAACUUUUUUGGCCAUGCCCCACCUAAGCAUCUCUAAAAGCCUGAUGGCCUGCCCCCUGUGGCAUAUAAUUCUUAUUAUUCAAAAAGUGAAUUUCUAUUCAUGUAGAGGAAGCCUAAAAGGCCAUUCACUGUUAACUCAUUCUCAAAUUUCCCCCUUAAAAAUAAAAUUUCCCCCCUGUGGGGCGUGUGCCCCAUGUUGGGAAUCACGGCUCUAGAGUGUCCCAGGCUUCCUGUAAGCUCUUGAGCUGCCUGCAAGACAGUUGUUGAGCAGAAAGAGCAGCACUUAGAAAUCCUGGCAUUCCAACAAAGGCCAUAUGAAAAAGCAGCUGGAUAAUCUGCACCUGCUUUAAAGCGUUAUUGGCUGGGACUUUUUGAUGAUCAUCCAGUAGCAAGAGGAAAAUAUUGAUAUGUAUGUUUUGUUUAGCAAGUUCUUUAGAACUUGAUGAAAAAACUUCCAUUGUGCCUUCACAGCAAGCAGAGACUCCAGCCCAGUGAUGAGAUCUAGUAGCACCCUGCCAGUGCCACAGCCCAGCAGUGCUCCCCCUACUCCAACACGCUUGACUGGAGCAAACAGUGAAAUUGAGGAAGAAGAGCGCGGAGACCUGAUCCAGUUUUAUAACAACGUCUAUAGUGACCGAAUUAAAGGCUUUGCCCUGAAGUACUCUUCAUCCAAUGGAGUAAGAAGCCUUUCCUGCUUCGUAAUAAGUCUUAUUAAUGUCCGAAAAAACCAGCGUUGUACAGUCCACUUUGUGGUCCUAGAAACAAGGGUCCAUUUCUGCUUUUAAAAUAGUACCAUAGACAGCGGCAUUAAUGCUUCUGAAUACCAGUUGAUGGAAACAAUGGGAGGGGAGAGAGCUCUUGUGCUUAAGUCCUGCUUGUGGGUUUCCCACUGGUUGGCCACUGUGAGAACAGGAUGCUGGACUAGAGGAGUCACUGGCCUGAUCCAACAGGUCUUUUAUUAUGUUCUUACUUGUGAAGGAUACAUUUUGUUUUUGUGUGUUUACCUCCAAAGGACAUUUGGGGGGCGGGUACAAACUAUAUUUAUACCACAUCUAGAUUAUAAUAGUAAAAGGUCUAUAUCCAGCUCUAGAAAUUGCACUGCUAGUAGGAUUUCUUUUUUACUCUGCAUCUAGACAUAGUCUGUUAUGCUAGGGUUGAGUCUCAAGCAGCAAAGCUUUAGCAAUAUUUGUUGCUUUUGAGUUAAAUAUGGGGGGCGGUUAAAAAUGCAUCUCUAGAUAUAAAAUAGUGUUGCACAAGUGUACAGAGUAACAUGAAACAAGACUUCUUGAACUGAACUACCCAGAAUAGUUUUAAAACUAGUUACCAUGUCUUGUUCUCUAUAGGUUUGUCACUUGAACAUCUUUGACAUUUGUAUAUUUGAUGCACUAGAUAAAUGCAUACUGUGGAACACAGCAUUCACUUUAUGUGGUAAAUGCAGGUCCUCUAAUAUUUCCUUAAAUAUUGAAAUAAAUAUAAUUGAGUUGAGUGCUGCUGAAUCUAUUCCAGUUUGGUUAUCCCAGUGUGUGUAUCUCAGCCUUACUGGUGCAAAAACAAAAGCAUACUCUGAGUCAUUUCAUGGUGUGGAUCACCAUGCAAUGACUCAAAUGCAUAACAUCCUGGUUUCUCUGCUAUGUGGAUAACUGCAGAUUAAUUUUGCUAUCUUUAUAUGACAGGCUGAAGCUCCUCCCCUGUCUCCAUAUCCUUUUGUAAGAAGUGGCUCUCCCCGCAGAAUACAGCUUUCUCAGAAUCACUCGAUUUACAUCUCCCCUCACAAAAACGAGUUUGCACUUUCUCCACGUGAGAAAAUAUUCUAUUACUUUAGCAGCAGCCCAUCAAAGGUAAACGUUUACUAUUGAUCUCCAAACUCUUUCAUUAGCUAAUAAGUUAAAGGUUUUAACAAGCUUAAUUUUAAUGAAAUUGUAAUUUAGCAAAAUAUUUAUAUAUACCAUUUUCUUUGUAACAUUAUAGCUUUUUGAGACUGGUGUUUUUUGUUAUGUAUGUGACACAUGAAUCAGAUUCAGAAAAUCAAAAUGCCCUGUUUGACUUGAAUGAGAAGUAGACAGCAUUCAGUUGUUCUUUGUGGUAUGUUUCAGAGGCUUCAAGAGAUCAACAGUAUGAUUAGAACUGGAGAGACGUCGACAAAAAAGCGUGGCAUUGUCCUGGAAGAGGGGGCUGAAUCACCCGCCAAGCGCAUCUGCCCAGAAAACCACACAGCCCUCCUGAGGAGGCUACAAGAUGUGGCAAAUGACAGAGGUUCUCACUGACCCUGGGGUUUUAGUUGUUCUUUUCCAUCUGUUAUGUUGCCAGUAGUGACAGAGCUUGCAAUCCUAAUAUCUUUGAAGCACUUUCCAUGGAGAAAUGAAGUAUUUGAGCCCUUUCCAAGGAUGUGCUGCUUCUAGUACCAGGUGCACUGCAACUCUUGAAGAGGCUUCAGUCUACCUUACACCAGAGGACUGCAGUGCUAUAAUCCUACUGAGCUGGGAAGAAGUGGAGACUGUUUCCUCCAACAGUCUUGAUGCUGGGACAGAAAAGGUCACACCCUCUCUUAACUUAGGUUAUGUGAGUGGCAAUGGCUGCAGUUAAAACCACAGCGGUUUAAAUUUAUUGGCUGAAGUGACUGACAAGUCCAGUAGGAACCCCGCGGAUAACUAUUUUUCCUACUAAAUUGAGAACAUUAUUUUUUUGUGCUAUUUAGUAAGCCUAUCCGUGCAAUGCUUGUAGUUUGUGGUAUCAGGAGGGAAAGGGUAAUUCAGAUGGUGAUGAUGGGACUGAUACUGUGACCUUGGCUACCUAUUUCAGGAAACUUGCAGUACUGAUGGCUCCAGCACACAUAGCAGGCCGUAGUUAAGACUACACUGGAGCUAGACUAGAAAUGGUAUUUUAGGCAGUCUUUAGGAAAAAUUAAGGUCAUUCUUUCCUCGAUGUCUUUUUCAUGUGCCCUUCCAGUAAUUAAGAUAAUAAGGGGGGUACUUUAUGUAUAUACAACACUUUGGUUUUUAGCUGUGCAAUGUUUUAAGUGAAUUCCUACCAAGAGUAACUCUUAAACAGCUCUAAAGCAUUCUUUCGAAAUGCGGAUUAGAGGUGUGUCUACUUCACAAUGGCACUUUUUAAACAAAAUUAAAUAGCCAAACCAUAAUAUAGAAGUUGUGCUGAAUUGCCUAAAUUGUAUUUAUUCUCAAAGUACACAGUGGUAAUGCUCAGCUUCUAUAUGAAAAUUUUCUAGGGUGUGAUUACAUGCCUUCCCACUUCAGCAGCUGUAGGCUUUUGCAGAAAUGGCAUACCAUUACGUGGCAACAACGCAGGGAUCCAAGUCCACUGCACUGCUUAACCUAUAUUAGACUGUUUUUACAAAUUAGUACUUUUAAGAAGAAAAUGGUGACAUGGACUUGCCAGCAAUCAGGCUGCACAAGGCAAAGCAGCUGAAAUUUGUCAUGAGCGAAACAAGCAAAAGGAGGCAGUGAAAAACUGUGCACAACGGGCCAUCAAAUGGGUGAGUUUUAAAGUAGUGAGAUUACUCUUUUGAUAACUGCCAGUGUUUCUGAACAGUGGCCAUAUUGUGUUUUAAUGGUAGUGUACAAAUGUUUGCAGCAAAUCUACAGCAGUUUCAACCCUUUCUAAGAUAAAAUCAAAACUGUUUAAGCCUGCAGCGUUUUACUUCUGCUUUGUUAGGUGACCAGCUAACACAUACAUAUACACUAGUAGUUUCUAGAACUUCCGCCAGCAUUUAUCUUAGGAUAUUGAUUUAUUGCUAGGCCUAUGCCCUUUAGGGAUAUAUUUAAAAAAUCACUGCUGCAAAAACCUUUUUCUUUAAGUAGACCAGUAAUCUGUCACCAAGGAACUACUGUCUCAGGCUACACCCCUGCAGGACCCAACAGGUAUGAACCUCAGUAUACAACACAUUUGCAUGCUUGGUCGUGCUAGAAGCCAAGCCUGCCACAUAGCACAGGAGUCUUGGGACAACCUAUGUUUACUAACCAUAGUGAUCAGACCAAAAUUUUAAGGAGGCCUUUCUGUUUAAUUCUGAAGUUGAUGAACUGAAAUGUUUCCCAGGAACAAGAGUGACAAGACACAUUUUACCAUGAUUGAUCUUUUAUUUUAAGAUGCCACUAUUAACACAUUAGUCAUGUCAGUCUCCAACCUAGCUCUCCUUACAGAUUUUAUUAAAUCAACAAAUGUGCACAAUGAAGAGCACAAAUUUUUCUUCUAGUGGUAAAAAGCUCAAUGCUCUACAGUCCUGACUAAUGUGCAAAUUAAGGCUGCCUCUAACAUUACUUUGACACAUCUUAAGGCCACUGGUAUAAGAUGCCUGCAAAUCGCAUGAAGAAAAGGGUUAUACAUAUAUUUUCUUGAAAAUCCUUUGAGAUUUGCUAGUUGGGUUGUAGGUCUAAAGAUUGUUGAACCAGUUAUGUUAUAAGCAGCCUGUAGUGACAAUAUCUAUUUGGGGGAGGAAGGAAAAUUAGAUACACAUCAUACAUGCCAAUCUCAGCCUCACUGCCCCUAAAAGGGCUAGAAGGAAUCAGAACCAACUAUUUACAAAUUCCAUAUCCUAAUGUAUUUACAAUAGAAACCAAUGCAUUUAAAAGUUUUAAAUAUAGUAUUUUACUCUGCUAUAUUAGUUUACAUAAACACAGAUUACCUCUGGAAAGUAUUUUUCCCACCUGCUCUUUACAUUUUAAAAAAACCUACCCCUGGAAGGAAAAUGUUAAAAGCUUUUAAAAGUAACCCAAUGAAGAGCCUCAGAUAUUAGACCCCUGAGGCUUUCGUUACCCACCAGGGAGGACUUCACUAACUGGAGUCCAGCCUUUUUAAGAGCGACUUCCAACCUGCAGUUAAAACAUAUGUAAAAUACGAAGAGUCUGAGCAAUCCCAUUGAGCAGAUUUACUUGAGUCAUUGCUACCAUUUAACUCUUUACUAAUCCAAGUCAAGAAGGAAAGCCACUGCUUUGCUGUUUGGCUCUCCAUUACAUUCCCUCUUCCUGCAGAAAGUGUUGAGUGCUUCUUCAUUCACAGGAACUAAGUAGGUAGUGUCUUUUCCUCUUUGCUGAAAGGCUGAACCGAGCCAGGCUUCACCCAUGACAGGCCAGACACCUGCAUGCUUUUGCACUGUUGAUCCUCUGCCUUCUUCUAGGAAGACGAAAGAGUGCCAUUAAGAUGAACUCAGUACUCUCAAUUCAACAUGAAUGCCAUUGUUUUGCAAGGGCUGCUUCACAUCAGCCAUACUUGAAAAGAAACCCCACGCACACAACUGUACAUGCACAAUUCUGUUUCCUCAUGCACCAUGUUGCUGAUUCUAAAAAAGAUCUUGAGGGUGGGUUGGUUCAAAGGGGGCAGGGAGGGAGGGAGGCAUAAUUCGGCAAGAAUCCCCAUUCCCAGCAUGUUAGCUUUGCCAGUAUGUACAGGUCAUGGGAAUAUGCCCAACCUGGCUGGCUUAGGUGAGUCAGGAUGUGCCUUCCUACAAAAAAGCAACAGGCAGGUAAGUCUCUAAAAAGAGAGACCCUUUCCCUCCUAGGCAAACCACACAUCUUGGAGGGAGAUGUUUGCAAGAGCAUGUGAUGAAAAAUGUUAAGGCUUUGACUUAAAAGUAGCAGCAUUCUGCAAACUUCCUUUGCUGCCACAGGAACAGCGGAGACUGAGCUCCACCUUCUCUCAAGUACAUGUGAGCCACAGAGGAAGCAGUGGCAAAAUGCUUCAAUAGUUAUUCCCCCCCACCCCUGUUUUAAUGGUAUGUUAUUUUCAUUGAAUAGGGUUGGACAUUGUCCAGGCCUAUCAUUGACCCUCCUUUGGGAGGAGCCUCAAUCAGCUUCAGAGCAAGAAAAAUGCUUUUAAAUAAAGUAAGUAAAAAUGUAGAAGUGUGACAAACUCCCUACAGAUUUCACAUAUCAAAAAAAUCCACAUGCACCUCAAACACUGCCAGGAAGAGGGCAGUCUGGGCUCUUACCUGAACACGGUCUGAUUAUAAUAUGUGCAUCCACCAGUCUGAAUGGGUAAGUGAGUAGGGUCCAGCCUUUGAGGGUGGAAGCAGCUCUGCUGAGGGCUUUGGGAAAUAAGACCUUCCCAGCCCCAGAGAGAAUUCCAGAACUCUAAAGACAUACAUGUAACCCUAGCAAUGAUAAACAUGAAUGUUAAUAACUUGACUGGUGGAUGAGCCUAUUUAAGAAGAUGGGGUGGUGGCAGUAUGGAGAGAAACUUUAGUCCAGAUAAACUUCUGAAUUCUAACCAGCAGAAGGGCUUCUAGGUGCAGAAGGUAGCAGAAAAUGUGGUUUUUAAAAACCCCAGCAUAGUACCCUUAACCAGUGUUAUUUUUCUAGAAAAAGAGGUGCCGGAACUCACCAUGAAAACAUCCCUUGUUCUCUAGAAAUUGCGCCCACCUGAGGGGGGCUGGAACUGAGCCUUGGUGGGUUCUGGCUGAAAAAAAGCCCUGCCUUUAUCGCAAUAAACUUUGACACGCCAACUUGCUACUUUAAGGAAGAUGUUUGUUUUUAAAAAGCUUGUUGAUUUCUUCCUUCAGUCACUUCUACCUUACCCUAUGAGAUUAGCCAGCUCAGUACCGAUCCCAGGAGUUACGGGGCUCUUGAGCAAGAUGCUCCUAGAGACGCCCUCCUCACCACUUCUGUUGCCACUUGCCUCUCUAAAUCACAACCGUAUCCAAGAGAGAAGAAAGAGUAAAGGCUUGUGGAGGUUACUGCACUCUUCCCCUAACCGCUUGCUCACACAGAAGGAGCAUGUGAAAAAGCCAGCAACAGCAAAGAGAACCAAUAGGACGAGGAGACUCUAGGAGCUGGCAGGGGGCCUCUUUGAGGAACAUGGGUCUUGGCAGUCACCCAACAAUGCCAACCACCAACAGUGAGCCAAGCCACCCUGAAAAAAGUCUUCUGGGCAAAGGAGGUAUGUGGGAGGAUUAAGCUCCUCCUGGAGGAAAACCCAAACAUGUCUAAAAUGUUGCCAGCCUGCCAGCUAAAAACAAUUACCACUUCCCUCCCAAGUGCAGGAUGUACUUUGUAGGGCCAGCACAACCUGAUUUACAAGACACAACUAACUCUUUAGGACUACGAUACUGCCAACGUACGUCUGAGAUGAGGUUUUAUAGAAACAUUUCAUUUGCAUAGAACUUUUUAUCAGUUGUGCUUCAUAGCAAAUCAAUAUGUCUUGUUUUCAAAUCCAACUACUUGGAGCAAGCUCAAUCCCUCUUACGUACCUUCUGGGUCAACAUCUUCUCUCUAGCUUCAUCAUGUAUAGCUGGAUUCCAGGGUGAAAAACUGUUAACACAUAAGAACAUAAGCCUGUAACUGGUCUCCAAAAUCUAAAUAAAAUGUCUCCAUAGUAUGAC